GGCCAUCUAUCGUUGAGUUGGUUUCAGUCAGUUCGUUCUCGAUCGUCUGUUGCUUAGUAUGCUCGUAUUUUGUCGCGCUUUGUUCGUUUAAUUCGUCACGACUACGUGCGUGCGCGCAUAGGGACGUAUAUGUGCGAUUAGGAAAACGCGCUGUGAGAAACGAACUCGUCGCGAGUCGCGGAAGCAAGAAGAAGCCACGAGUUAGCAAGUUGAUACGACGAUACGCAUCUUGUGCAACACGCGAGACAUCGCGAGAACGAUAGAGGCGGAAAGAGAGAGACACAAAGUUAGAGUGAGAAAAAGAGGAAGAGAGAGAGAGAAAAAGGUGAAAAAGAAAGAAAGGAAGAAAAAGAGACAGAGCGAGAGAUAAGAGCCGCAAAAAAAUGGCUGAGAUUGACGCGAAAGUGAACAUGUCGCUCGGUAAGUGGCCAGUGUCCAUUCCAACAGUCUCUAACGGUUUCGCCAGUAAAAGAAAGUCCCGGGCAUAUUGCCCGGGCACGUUGCCCCUUUGUCGAUACGGUCGACUAGAAAAUGGCGUCGUGACGUGCGUACGUGCCUGCGUCUGUGCGUAUGCACGUGCGCGCGUAGAGUGCCUGCAUUUGUUUUCACAUUUGUAUAGUUUAUCCGCACGCGCGCAACGGGUUCACCGUUCAAGGCCGACCAAAGGACUAUGCGAGAAAAAAAAAAUUACAUGCCGAACAAGCACAAUCCUUGUCCGCUGCGUGAUCAAUCGGCACGUUUUGUCGGUGGUCGAAAAGAAAAAAAGUCACGACGCAUGUCGUGCGAGGGAAGAGAUGUUAUUCUUCAACGUUCUUAUACGAGAAAGAGCUAGAGGGAAGGAGAGGGGGUGAAGUGCGCGCCAAACUUUCUUCGAUACACGUUGCUCCUUAGCUCGUAUCAUUCUUCUCGAUUGUGCUACGUUGGCAUUGUCUGCAUUGUCUAUGUCGCGGUCGUUGCUGGAUUUCCUCGAGAGAGAGAGAGAGAGAGAGAGAGAGAGAGAAAAAAAAGAGAGGGUCAGGAAAACAAGGGGAUUCGAAUAGACAGGAAGAGACAGGAAUCGCAUGCCGCGACGAUUUAUACUCCUAAGGGGAAUUACUCGCUUAUGGGAAGAAAAACAACGAAGCUCGCAUGCGGGAGUCAUCGGGAGGAGCGACGGAAGAAGUUAUCUGCGUCCGUUUAGAUUUACCUUGAGACAAUCGGGCUCGCUCUCGCGUAAUCGUGAUAAUUUUGGCAGAAAAGCGACAUCUAGGGGCGAUGGGAGUGAGUCUAGAAGCAUGUCUGUGAGAAACUCGAGAGAAGCACGCAGGAACGAGGCGGAGGACCUUUCCGACUCCCACCGUAGUGGUUGAUCGUGCUUCUCGCAGUCGUGUGACCUUGCUUUCCUUCGCUCUGCUCAAGAAGAAAAGAGCUUAACCGGAAGCUGAUGGGAGUCCUGAUUAGAUCAUGAAAAAGCCGCGUGUACUUAGCUUAAGGACAAGAUGUCGAGAUUAGCAGGUGAGAACUAGAGAGAAUCGAGAUGCCAGAGAAUGUUGUGAUAAAACUGGCUCACAGACGUGCCAGCAAUUUGGAGAAAGAAACCGGAGGGACAGUAGUGCUGGGAAAACAUGUCGCGCCAGGGAAGCGAGUCAACAAAAAGGUCAAUUAGUUUUCAUAUAAUCUCUAGCAUAUGGUUGAGAUCUCCCUACAAUGAAGAGAGACGUCACUUGAUACAUUGUUAUGUUGUACAAGCAGACUCCAAACAACGUUGCUCCAUUUUAGUUUGGUUUCUGCAAAGAAGUCGAAAAUAUCCCUGAGACAGGCCUUGCAAAAGAUUAACGUUAAUUUUGUAUCAUUUCCCUCCAGGAUAUUGUUCGUUCCAACAGUCUUCAAGUAUACCAAUUACUGCACGACUUGGCAAGAUUCGUGGAUAGAAUGACUUUAUUCGAACCACUACAAUAGCCAGGAUCGAAAAGCUCGGCUUCAGCAGGCUGGAAAUUGGCAUUUGGAAAGUUCAAAGGCUCGGUCAUGUGAUAACUAUCUACAGCAAAGCCUGAUAUCCGUGUGAGAAAGUCAGACGCCAAGCAUACUCGUCGUUGUUGCGCAUACGAGCGUGACUCAUCGCCCCCCUCACGAAAAUCACCUCGCUUUCGCGGCGUCGCCGCGUGUGGGAGACGGUCGACGUUUGCGCAACUGCCCGUCGGUAUUUUUACCUGCUGUUGCACCGCGACGAUGACGAUGCUUUUUCCGCUCGACGGUCCACCAAAUAUGGGAAACGGGACACCACUUUGGCGAGAUGAUACACGCUGUAUUUUAUCCAUCGACCGUCAGCAGUGUGCAGGUCGUAACAGCUGGAUUCCGCUCCCGUUCGCGGCUCAGAUGAGAUCAUAAAGAUGGAGAAAAAGGAGAAAAAGAAAAAGGCCGGGACGAUCAACGGCGGCGUUAAACGCAACCGCGGCAGCGGUGUACGCGGCCGGGCCGGCUUUAGAGGAGGCAGAGGAAGUGCGAGAGUCAAUCGCAAUGUCGGCACCAUCGCGAAAAAAAAACAGACUUGGCAGAGCCGCGGGGCGAGUAAUAGUAACGUGCGCGGCAGCUUCGCGAAGAACCGCUACAAGAGGAAUCUCGUGAGAUCGCGGAGCAACCUGAGCUUAAAUCAGAAGACGAACAAUGCCAGAGGUGGUGGCGGUGCUGCUGGCUUCAACGCGGGUCGUCGCGGCAGAGGCGGCAACAGAUUCGGCUUGACGCGCAGCAGAAGCCGCACGAACCUGACGUUCAAUCAGGCCGGCUUCUUCACCAACAACAAGAGCCCGUUGCUCAAGAGGACGAACAGUCUGCCGAACCUGCGCGACCCGACCUCCGUGCAUAAUCGGCUGGGCUAUCAGAGCCCUGCUCAGAUUGCCUACCGCAACCGCGUGAAGCGGGCGAAGCAGCUACUGUUGCAGCGACAGAAUCAGAGACUGAGUCUGCAGAAUCAGCUCAGAUUGGCACAGACUGGAAAGACUCUGCUUUCGAUGCAACCGAGACCUCUUGAACGUAGGCAGCAGAUAUUAACAUCUCAACGUCGCUUCACCACCGGUGGAUUGCGAUCCGACCAGAUCGCCCGUGCACAGAGGCGUGCACAGUAUGAACAAAAAAUUGAAAGGAUGAACUCCGCCCUACUAGCACCCAGUCCAAAUAUUAACUUCAUGUGCACACUAGGAAGCGAUUAUACACCUACCAUGCGUCAACGGCCGCUCACCCUCGCGCAGAAUCGACACUCUGCAACAAUUAGUACUCCACGACAGAUGCCUAGGGGUCGAUCGCCAUACAGACAGAGCACACAAGGAUUAAACAUGGUUGGUCGAUCACCGUUAUUCGGCAGGGCACGCUCGCGAUCGAGAUCGCGAUCUCGCUCGCGUACACACAACACCGCCGCGUCGGAUUCCAGCGGUGAAGUCGACGAUCGUACUUUCAGCGAGGUUAUGUACAGCUUGUCAGGGAAUCUUGGCGUUACCGGACGAACCCUCAACGAUCGGUUUAGCUUUUGAAGAACAUAUGAUACCGAGACAGAAAUUUUACAUUUAGAUUUAUCGAGAAAGAUGUUAGAGAAGAAAGAGUAAUUAAUUUUUAUGCGUUAACAAACAUGGAUGACCUGAGAGCUGUUAAAUAAAAAUAAAGUUUUUUUCUUUUUAUCCCUCGCCGAAUUAAUGAUGAAAAAGCGCCAUAAAUUGAUAAAACGCAUGUUAACAGAUAUUUUGUCAUUUUUGUUUCGCAAGUGCAUAGAUUUAUUUUUGGGGUAAUAUAUCGUUUAUAUAUUGGUUUGUAACGUUGACGUGCAUAGAAAAUACCUCUAGAGGAAUUCUUAUUUGUGUUAAUAUUUUUAGAGAAAACGAACUACAGAGAGGAGUCAUCGUGUAUUUUCAUUAAAAUUUAUAAUGCUUCUUUAGAUAUAUGUCGUAUGUGCGAGUAGUAUUCGUAAGCUUUAUUUGUUGCAAUUAAUGAAACUUCGUUUUACCUUCUGUAUGCAAUAAGAUUGUAAAAUCUUUAGUAUUACUGGCUAUAUCGGACGCUACCAUUGACUUUUGCGCAUUUAUAUACCUAUGACUACGGAACGUAGAGGACGAGCAGGGGAGAUGUGUAUUAUUAUUUAAAUAUAAUGAACUUGAAGAAUCAUUGAAAUUAUGAUAUUUAGUGCAAAAGAAAGACACCUUAAACAUAAAUAAUACACGUUGAAUUUGUAAUGAACUGUGUGUGUAAAAUGAUACAUUUGAGAGAGACUGCAUAUCUUUCAAAUCUAUCUUUAUUCGUUUUUAAGGAGUACAAAUCUCAAUCACUAGUUUUCUUUUUUUUUUCUUAAUCUCUAUUGAUAAAGAUUAUAAAUGCAGAUUACUACAAAUCAUGAUUGCUUUAGGUGCUAUUGAAAUAUAAAUACGAGAGGAUUCACAUUUUCGCGUAAUCAUUACGUACAAUCAACAGCUAUCUUAUGUGUUGAUCUAUCUCACGAUUUUUAAUUUAUAGACUAGAAAACGAUUUCUCUAAUUUAAUUGUAAGACAGCUUUACAAUUAAGGCUGUUUAUUUGGUAGCACCUGUAUUUGCGUCAAAGCAGCCUUGUUAUUGUGUAAUAUAAAUUACAUAAUCUAAACCUAAACACGGAUUUACAUGUAUUACAGUGAUACACAUCGCGUGUAAUAUGUACUGGAAUCCACACAUCGGAGUGGUAGACAAGUAGAUUAUAAACUCCUUUCACAAUAAACACAAUGAAAACGCACUUAUAUUACGUACUGUUAAGUUCCUAGCCUUGUUAUUGCGCAAUCGUAAUUAAUUAACAUGUUCGUUAUCAGGGUCACACAGAUGUAACCGAUCAGUUUUCUUUAUACAAUCACUCGGACAGCACAAAUCUUUCAAGAACUUGUCUGUCUUAGAGACGUCUCUUGGAGGUCUGUGCUCUAUCUAAAUAAUUAAUUUUUAUUUAUCUUUUUAAUUGACAUUUGAUGUGUCGAUGAUCCACAUAAGUGAAUCAAGUCUGUUUUACAUAAUUAUGUUGAAAGAAUGGUGACCCACGAGAAGGAGGGUUCCACAAAUUAACUACGCUAGAGAACAUGUUAAUCUUAUAUCAGCCGUCGAUCUCGCAUGUCACUCGAAAAUAAACAUGCGUCCUUAGUCGUGUUAAGUUUAUAGUUUUGUAUCUUGAAGAAAAAGAAAGCGAAAAGUGUAACCGUUACUUCGAUUUCUCCGAUUGUAGAAUAUAGAAAGUGUCUCACACAAUGUAUCUGACAGUUACUAAAAAUCUAUAGAUUCACAUGA